AUGGGUACCGCGCCGCGCACCACAACCACGAGCACAGCCGCCUGUCGCCCAGGUGAGCGCACCGCGAGCUGCUGCUGCUGGCGCCCGCCGCGCAGGAGCAGUGGCUCUGUGUCGCGCGCCUGGCGCGUCGCGUACAGCGCUACGGGUACCGCGCCGCGCACCACAACCACGAGCACAGCCGCCUGUCGCCCAGGUGAGCGCACCGCGAGCUGCUGCUGCUGGCGCCCGCCGCGCAGGAGCAGUGGCUCUGUGUCGCGCGCCUGGCGCGCCGCGUCCAGCGUUACGGGUACCGCGCCGCGCACCACAACCACGAGCACAGCCGCCUGUCGCCCAGGUGAGCGCACCGCGAGCUGCUGCUGCUGGCGCCCGCCGCGCAAGAGCAGCGGCGCUGGGUCGCGCGCCUGGCGCGCCGCGUGCAGCGCUACGGGUACCGCGCCGCGCACCACAACCACGAGCACAGCCGCCUGUCGCCCAGGUGAGCGCACCGCGAGCUGCUGCUGCUGGCGCCCGCCGCGCAAGAGCAGCGGCGCUGGGUCGCGCGCCUGGCGCGCCGCGUCCAGCGCUACGGGUACCGCGCCGCGUGCAGCGCUACGGGUACCGCGCCGCGCACCACAACCACGAGCACAGCCGCCUGUCGCCCAGGUGAGCGCACCGCGAGCUGCUGCUGCUGGCGCCCGCCGCGCAAGAGCAGCGGCGCUGGGUCGCGCGCCUGGCGCGCCGCGUGCAGCGCUACGGGUACCGCGUCGCGCACCACAACCACGAGCACAGCCGCCUGUCGCCCAGGUGAGCGCACCGCGAGCUGCUGCUACUGGCGCCCGCCGCGCAAGAGCAGCGGCGCUGGGUCGCGCGCCUGGCGCGCCGCGUGCAGCGCUACGGGUACCGCGCCGCGCACCACAACCACGAGCAUAG